GUUUGUUGUGAAAAGUUGUGCCAAAGUUUGUAGGAGUACAAAUGUGGAUUCAUGGCCGGCAGGGGUAAGUUGUUGCUGCCCCGCAUCAAGACGGCCGUGCCUCACUCGCCCUCUGGUAGUGAAUUCCAUCCUUGAACAGUGUGCCUGCUGACUCUUUAGUGGUGUAGACUAACCCUUUUAACUCGCUCCAAUGCCUAGAAUGAGCAGGAAAUCGUCAUACUCUUACCAUGGAGUCAAUGAAGGUGAAAGUGAGGAUGCUCAGCGUGUGAGGUUCCAGAUAGAACUGGAGUUCGUUCAGUGCCUGGCUAACCCUAACUACCUUUUGUUCCUGGCUCAGCGUGGGUACUUCAAGGAACAGACUUUUAUUAACUACUUGAAGUAUCUGCAGUACUGGAAAGAACCAGAAUAUGCAAAAUAUUUAAAGUAUCCUAUGUGCCUUUACUUUCUGGAUCUACUGCAGCACGAAAACUUUAGAAAGGAAAUUGUCAAUGGCCAAUGCUGUAAAUUCAUUGAUGACCAGACUGUACUACACUGGCAGCACUACUCCCGCAAACGUAUGAAACUUUUAGAAACAGGCAUUAAUCAACAAGGUUCACAAACCCCAGUCUCUCAGUCUACAGUCUCUCAGUCUGGUGCUCCAACACCAGCUGCUCUGGCAACUAAUUUAUUGAAUGGUCAUGGGCAGAUACAGAAAGUGUGA